AUGGAGACCAAACCAGCUGAUCUAAAGGAAUCCCAGAAAUAUGGACCCGAGAACAGUCAACGAGAAAGUCCCAGAAAAGCAGCAAUAUUGUGGAACCCUUGUCCAUGUAAAGCAAAGUGUUUUAUUCCAGCGCGUUACUUGGUUGGUGUGUUUUUAAUGUUUGGAUACGCAAAUCUCUACGCUCUACGAGUCAACCUUUGCAUGGCUCUAGCGGUCAUGGUUGGCAAUCACACAGUCUUCAGAGACAACAGCGAAAUACAGGUAAAUCUGGGUUCUUCGUUUUUUGGGAAAAUGCCCUUAAAGUUGAGAAAACCAGGGAACUAAAGACAAACUAUCCGGCGGUGCCGAAGAGAUACUACAAGCAGUCUAUCUAUUUCCUCAAUGGCUCUUAGUCCGUCUAAGGAAACGCAAGUGAGACGAAAAUGGGUCAUGCACAUUCAGACAGCGCAAGAUUGUUGGGCAAAAACUCCUAACAUUGUUGGAUGUUACAUGUUGCGUCCGUUUGCACAUCCUGUUGCACGUUGUUUGGUGUUGUUGGGAGUUGUUGCGCAAAGUUUAAAACUUUUAGCUACGUGCACGGACGCAACAAUUCCCAACAAUGCUGCUUCCGUUUGCACGGGGAUUUAUGGUUCAGUCAAUUCCAAGUGUGCCAACCUCCCCGGCAUUUGUCGAGCAUUUCAGUGCCAUUUUUUUUUUUGAAAAGCUGAAAAUGCCUUACGUUAUAGCCGGGCGGAUCGUACAAAAAACCACGGUGAGGCUUAAAAAAGUGUGCAAAUACCCCACUCCAGGAAAACACCAAAUUGCAUUUUCCAGUAAAUAAUCUGCAAAUGCCAUAUUUAUUAGGAAACGUGUAAUAAUCUGAUCAAAACGCGCGAAUUACCCUUUUGCAAAUCGCUCCUGGCCGCUAGCAUAAGGCAUAGCAUAUUUUUAGACAAUACUCGUUAAGUAUCACGCCUUAGGACACCUUCGUAAAUGUGCUGGGUCCUAAAGAAGUAGUGGGGGGAGGGGUGGGGGGUAAUCGAGAGUGCUAUGUUAUAAUUCCAAGGAUUCAAAAAGUCUGAACUAGGUUCAUUGGCAAUUCUUUUGAAUUAUCAUUUGCGCUAAGAAAACAGUAAAGAAGUAAAUAGCAUUUCAAUCAGGAGAUACGAAAAGCAUGUAGUCUCCCAUAUUUAGUACCUUUGGUGUCGCAUUUAUCAGUAGGUAAGAACUUUAUUUUUAUAGCAAGAUAAAAGAUCAGCAUUGCUGGUGGGGUCGUGCAUACAACAAUAACAAGAAAAAUAAGGAGCACUGAAAGCAAAUGUACGAUUAUAAAUUAAAAACUGUUAAAAAUUUUUGUAACCGAUUUUUCAGUUGUUAGUUGUAUCUAAAAUAGGUUGUGAAAAAGUACAAUUGAAAAUUAAAACUGUUAAAAGUAUUCGUAACCGUUAUCUCUAUUUUUAGUUGUAGUUAAGUUAGGUUCGAAAUUCAUUUUAUCACUAUCAAAUUUUACAAGACGGCGUUUAAAUUCCGUCAAGGUUUUGGCCCUUGUUUCCUUGUUCGUUAAAGUGUUCCAUGCGAUUGCUCCUCUAAAGCGUAUGGAGUUCCUGAUAAAAUUUGUUUCUGUUCUUGGAAGAAUGAUGUUCUCAUUUCUUCUGAGGCCUGAAUUCCUCUGUAGAGACAAAUCUUAAAAUUCCGUGACGGUGUAACCUUUUAAACAAUCAAUCGGCUUAGUUCAGUGAAAACCCUUUCUGCGUAACCAAAAAAGCUUGCUAUGUCUUCUUUUACUUAUCACUAGAAAACUGCGGAGUUUUCAUGGAGCACCAAGCUGCAAGGUGAGAUCGUCGUAACUUGUUUAUCCCUCUUAACUCCUCUCUGUCGUUCUGAUAUCUCUCAGGAAAAGGGCGGUUUGAUCUGUAAACAUUGUUUUAAUAUGUACAUGGGAUUUUACUUUUCUUUAUUCCUCUAGGAAUCGUGCUGAGCUCUUUCUAUUUUGGCUACAUAGUAAUGCACAUACCAGGAGGAUAUUUGGCGCGAAAAUUUGGAGGCGCCAUGGUUAUUGGGUUGUCUGUGGGUGGCACAGGCGCCUUGACCCUUUUUACCCCUCUAGCUGCCCGGAUACAUGUUGGACUUUUGAUUGCCCUGAGGGUAGCUGUAGGGCUGGCUGAGGUAAAAAGAGAGUUCUUUGUAUUUGUUAUAUUUAAUUAUAACAUGAUUGGUCUGAUUGGUCAAUUUCCCAUUAACUAUUUUGACCAUGGGUGAAAGGUGACGAUUGCUAGCCCGCGCUCAAAGCUGUACGCGUCACUUUCUAAGCGACUAUAUAGUUUUUUAACCUCUAUGUUUGCAGAGAUUUUUGUCUUGAUAUUGAGAGAAAGUUCACAAACACCGUUAACGAAAGCGUUAACGUCAUCGCCUCGUGCUACUCUUACGCUUCUUUCGUGCUUAGCAACCUUCCGCGUGCAACUAUAACUCAAAAGUACACCGCACUGAGCUGUUUACCAUUUGUUACGGUUGUAGGAUACUUGGGUUUUAUUAUUCAAGAUUAAUUAUACAGCCAACUUUAUCCUUGCGGACACUCCAAAAAUACAGACAGGAUCUAAAUCCUAGGCCAAAAAUAUAUUACAGACUUUUGACUGAAAUAAGUCCCCUCUUUUAGGACUCUCGAUAACGAAGACAAUAACUCGAUAUCUCUACAGUGUCCGGUAUAAAGGGAAUCACCCGAUGAUUGACACCUUCCUUUUCUGUUUCUCAGUUUUAGAUAAGAUAAUAUAUUGCAGGUAUACUGGCAGCAGACAGGAGCUUGUCUUAAAGUUGAAUGUGUAAUGUUUCCUAUUGAGGCCAGGGCCAAAGGCCCGAGCGUAGAGAGGUUUAAAAAUUUGUUGACAUUCGCAUCGCGCAAGGAUGGCUUAUGGAGGUUGAAUCACGAUUCGUAUUGAAACUUGCUGAUUUCGGGCGCGCGGCAAUGAACGUACUUGCCGCUUUCCCUCAGAUUCGCAAGCUUGAAUUUGCUUUUACUUGUCACUUCAUAGGUUAUUUGACCAUAAUAUGAAUUAUUUUAAACCAUUUAAGACCAAGUUCCGCGACACAAAUUCUAGUUUUUAUCGAAAGUGAAAGCAUUUGCUGUAAUGUUCACUUUCAGGGCUCUGCAUUUCCAGCCGGUCACUCCUUCUGGAGUCUAUGGGCACCUCCCUUAGAGAGAAGUAAACUCGGAGUUUUCAGUUUUGCAGGUAAUUUUUCCUAACAAAAUUGAGAAGAUUUGUUGUUUGCCAAUAUUCUUUAUGAACCUUGAAGGUAUAAGAAUAAGAAUUAGGACAAAAAGACGAAUUAUAAAACGAAAAAUAAUGCCUGCACUUACUAAAAUAUCACGAACAGUAAUAGACAGAACUCUUUUGAUGCAUAUUAACAGAGCCUUAACAAUGUGGUCAACUCUCCGUCUCUCAUGAGCACCUCUAUAAGUCUCAUUCCAUGUAAGGAAUCCAAGAAUGUCUUGGAUUCUGGAUUCCACGCCGUGGAUUCCAGAUUCCAGGUACUACAUUCCAUUCGUUGUCAGUAGAACUUGGAUUCUGGAUUCCAAUCGUCAAGGGGAAUCCGGAUUCCUUGACUCGUGUACCAAAGCCUAGGAUUUCGGAUUCCACAAGAACAAUUUUCCCUGAUUCCGGAAUCAAGAUUCCCCUUACAUGGGGCGAGACGUCCUCCCUAAAUCGGACACCAACAGCUAUUCUCUGCUGCUUUUUAAUUCGGUCAUUUUCUGAGACUCCCUAUCAACAACUGGGACACAUUUUCACUAAUAGUAACACUCCCUGAAGUAUCUGUCCUAGAGAGAGGGAGAGAGAGAGGGAGGGAGCCAGAGGAUUGGGCACUUUUGCAACGUAAAAAGGGAACUUUUGUAACACACCUCGGGCACUUUAGUAACGAAGAAGGGAACUUUUGUAACGGUAGGGAACUAUUGUAACUCUGAUAGGGCACUUUCGUAACAGGCAGUAGGGCACUUUCGUAACAAAUCGGGCACUUUCGUAACAGAUCAGGCACUUUUGUAACAAAAUGAGGAACUUUGGUAACACCCAUUUCUAUUCAUUCAAAUCAUCUUUUUUUCGUCAUUCCCUCACUAUGUGCCAAGAAUAAAGUAAAUAUUAUCACCUGGAUAUACAAUAAGAAUGUAUUAUGAUUUUUGCAAACUGAAAAUGAAAACAUGCCGUUGCAUGCGUUCACUUUGAAAUCAAAAUUGCCAAAUGGCUAAAAAAAAAAGAAUUAGACGUGUGACUGUGUGCCUGUGUUUUUUUUUCUUUUGCUGAGUUUAGCUUAGCAAGCUAAAAUGCUAAUAUUGCGCUCUCGGUUCGUGCACUUUAAAAAAAUGGGCAUAAUGAUAGAUACUGAUUUAUCGUGACGUGAUUGAUUUAUUUUACCUGUGUAAAAUGAAGUUCAAGCUAGUAAUCACAAGUAGAAUAUGUUACAUGUAACAGGAAGGGGCAAUAUGAGGCGCGCCGAACAUAGCCGUACAUGGCCGUACAUGGCCGUUCAUGGCCGUACGUAGCCGCGUUCAUAGCCGUGCAUAUCCAUACAUAGACGUACAUAACCGUGCAUAGUCGUGCAUGGCCGUGCAUAGCUGUAAAUUGUUGUAUAUAGUCGUGCAUAGCCCUAUAUAGCCUUUGCGUGGCCGUACAUAGCCGUACAUGGCCGUGCAUGACCGUACAUGGCUGACGUAGCCGUGCAUAGCCGUACAUAGCCGUGCAUAGCCGUGCAUGGCCGUACAUAUCCGAACAUCUUGAUGUUUUUAUAAUCUAAAAAGGCUGGUUUUCUAUUUAGAGCGAUACGAAACACCUUUUCUUAGCCUAUUUCGCCUUAAGAAAGACGAAGAAAUUUCAAAACUUUGACCAAAACGAUGGACUAACCCCUUUGGAAAACCGUCAAUUUUUCAACUUUUUUAAAGGGAUGUUUCUAUAGUCUAAAAAGACUGGUUUUCUAUCUAGAACAAUACGAAACACUUUUUCUUAGCAUAUUUGGCCUAAAAAGAAAAGAAGAAGAAAUUCAUAAUUUUUACCAAAACCAUGGACUAAUCUCUUUGGGAAAAUGUCAAUUUUUCGACUUUUUUCAAUUGAUGUUUUUAUAGUCUAAAAAGGCUGGCUUUCUAUAUAGCCUUAUGUAGCCUUACAUUGAUACAUUCUUCUGGCAAUAUGUUUGAGUCGCCUUUGAAAUGUCCGCCGGUGCGCCGUCCUACGAAAGUUAAUAGCCUUUCUUACGACAUGCAAGUUAAAUAAAAGUUGUCAUUUUAAAAUUAAGUUCAAGCUAGUACGAGUAGAAUAUCGUACAUGGAACUGUAUGGGGCGCGCCGCCGGCCAGUUCAAAAAAGAAGUUACUUUAAAAACUAGGAUCAGGGGUAGAAUAUGUUACAUGGAACUGUAUGGGGCGCAACGCCGGCCCGUUCGAAAAAAAAGUUAGCUCUAACUUCUCCCUUCUUACUCCAGAGUAGUCGGUUUUUUACCUUUCUUUCACUAACAAUGUGAAAAUUCCGGCAUCCUUCUUCUUUCCGCCCACCAAACCUGGGUAUACAGUAAAUAUAUCGCCAUUUUUGCGGAAUUUGAAACAUGGGUUGGGUUCACUUGGAAAACGAAAUUCCCAAAUGGCUGAUAAUUAUUUACUGACCUUAGUGUGGCGACUACUGUCUUUAUAUAAUAAACAAUGACUUGACUUAGAGCGCGCGAAGCUUGAAAAGCUUAUAUUGUGAUGUCGUUCUGUACACUUGAAAAUAGGCUGAUGAUAGAUUUGGGCGAAUUCAUCGUAAUGUCAUUGUUUAAUUUCACCUGUGUAACAACAAAGGCUAAUAAAAGUUCAAGGCUUCACAUGAGCAUUUCCCAUUAAUAGGAUCAGACUAGAUUAAGUGUAACAAUAACAAAGACUAAUAUAAGUCUACAAAAAACCCAAAUUCAAGACUUCUCCUAAAUUAACAUUCUCCUUUACACUCUUUUUUAUCCUAUAAGAAUAUGUUUUAGGAGAGAUGUUCAUUUGAUGUGUUCAUUUCCACUGAAUUAUGGACAAUCAUACUGUCAAUUAACUUUAGACGUUUUUUGAAUUUUUGUAAAGACGUCUUUCAUAUUUUACUCGAUUAAGUACAGUGUCUAAGGAGGCUUUCUUUAAGAUACUUCUACCCCAACUUUCCUUUUGAAGAAGCUCCUUAAUUCUGGUUUUACAUAUUGGGGCAUUUUUCUCAAUCAUGUCACGAAAAACUUCCUGUAUGUUUUCCUUGUCAGAAGAGGAAAACAUAUUCUUUACGCUGCUUGUUACUGUUGGUGGAAUUAUGUCACUGUUUGCGUCCUCUUCCAGUGAUCUCUGGACACGUUGUUGUAACGUUUCCUGCUCCGAAGGGGGACUCACAAUUUCAGUAGAAGAUUGUAUACAGUAAGCUGAUAUUUUGUCAUAAGUGAAUGUUUUGAAUUGGAAGGUAAAGUUGCUCUGACUAAAAUAUUCUAUAUCAAACCCUUCACUGAUCUUUUUUUGUAUUUUUUUUUUCCUGUUUACAAUCUGAUCAAUUAUUUACCUUAAGUGGCUUCAUCCUCUUGUUAUACCAGGUGAUGGACAUAGGUAUAAGCUUAUGCUGAUUACUAUGCAGUAAGUUAUUUGGUCUAAAAUGAAUUAAGAAGUAAAAAUUAAACAACAUUCUUUCUUACUCAGCACUAUUUCAAGCAGUUAAAUUGCUGCAGCAUUUAAAGUCUUUCAGUAGGAAUGAUUUUGUCUUGACACAUGCCCUGAAACAUGCUUUCUUUUAAAUCUCUCCCGUUGUAUGCGUACAUGUAAAGCAUGUCUUUAAUACAAUAAUAUGCUCACAGGCGUUGAUGCCAUUUUGUGAUGUGCAGAUAUCGUCUUUACAUUUUAUGGGAGUGAAAAACAAAUUAAACCAAACUUACCUUAAAAAAUCGUCACUGGACGUACUUUAAAUUUAUUACGGAACUAAUCAGACUGUAAGAUCGGCGAUGCAAAAAGCACGUGUUGAUCGACGAAGCUGUGCGAAUUGGUAGACACCGCUGUCUGACUGUGAGCACACUGCAUAGCCUACAUUGCUGUAUGUAUCCCAUGAUCCAUUUUCACACUAGGCAAAUCAGUUCUACACAGGUCAGUUUGAGGAGUGAAUAACUUUAAUUCAUAAUCAAGGCGGCGGAGAUUUAUUUUCGCUACCGUCUAUUUGAUUUUCCACUCGCAGUGCUUUCUACUCUGAUCCCAAUAAAAAGUGAUGUGAUAGUGAUGAUGAUGAUGAUGUGAUGUUCCGCGCAUUUGGUUGUUAUUUUUAUACUUUACAACAGCAAAAAUCCAAGGGGCGUGCGAUGUUGCAUAUGCAUCUACCAUAUUUGUACUCGUAAUCUUUACCAACGGGUGUUCUCGUUGUAAAGUUUUAUUAGCCUUUGUUGUUGUUACACAGCUGAAAUUAAACAUUGUAAUGAAUUCGAAUCUACCAUUUUGCCUAUUUUAGUGUCAGCAGCCGCGUGCCAAUGUGGAGAGAAGAAAAUAAGUGUUGUCCUCUCUAGAAAUUUUAGUUGAUCAUUGAAAUGGUACUUGUUUUUACCAAAAGAAAACCUAUAAAAAAGUGACUCACCCUUACCUGACGUACAGAGUACUGAUAAACCCUCAUGCUCAAUUUUCUUCACUGUGCGUGAUCCGUUACUGCCGUCGCUUUUUGUUGGAAAAGGCAAAUAUGAGUGGUAAAAUUUAGCUCUGCGAUCGACUAAGCCGUGUCGCAUACUCAAUAAUAUUUCAUCAUAAGUAAGAAGUCUAAAGGCUUAUUCACUGCAACUAUCGUUUAGUCAUACCUUCCAUUAAGAAUUGGUUAGCAUUUUGGAACCAACCCCCUUCUUGUCUAAAGCGAAGCCGAUCUGGAAAUUCGUCUGUUCUCACCUACAUUAAAUUUCAUUUUGAAAAUUUCUCUACAAAGCAGAGUUAAGAAAAACAAAGAGAUUUUUGGUAAGUGAGACCAUCUGCGAGAUGAACGGAAUAGGCCAUGAUGAACAUUGUCAACGACGAUGAAGACUUACGGGAAUGCUGUGUACUACUUUGUCUUGAUUAUCGCUGUGCCCUCAAUGCCGUGUUCUGCGUUGAAAUAAAAGAACUCGUUGUCCACCGUUGUCCCGUUUGAUAGAUUCAUGCGGCUUAAAGUAGAAGCUCAAAUGGUUCUGGAGCCUAGCCUUAAUGAUCCUUAACCUGUAGUCUAUUUGACUACGCAAUAAAGGCGGGGCCUUUAGAGAAGCGCUGAAAUUGAAUAACUUUCCAUUAUGCAUGUUUGACACCAGUGACCACACAUGAUUUUUUUCUUGAUUAAAAUUAUUUCCAUCAUGCUUAACAACUUCAUAAUUCAUCGAUGGAAAGGAAUCACGCAUUUACUUGUAAUUGCGCAAACAAUAUACCCGUAUACCCAAUAGCGCAAAAUGCGUAAAAGGGGUUAGAACACCUUUCCACUGGCCCAGCGCCUUACUUUUUAAAGGAAGGACCUGUAUUUUCGCCCACUUACUUCUACUUUAGUGGUGUUUAGAUUGAUUGCUUUUUUUGAUUUUUAUCUCUUACAAAUUACGGUAAAAUUGCUUGCUGGAACUUCUAGCAAAAAGGGAACUUUCGUAACGGGGCCACUUUCGAGAUAUCAGUAACUUUAAAAAAAUCACCAAAAAAUAAGGAAACGACCAUUUCACUUUGUGUUUCGCUUAUUAGAUUAACAAUAGACUUAACUAAACUUCCACCACAAUUUUGCGGAUGCUGAUUGGUUCAAAAGGUCACACUGACGUUUUGAAACUUUCCAUUUCAAAAAUGGGCUUUUUCCGAAUCGUGAUUCCUUUCAUGGACAUGAAAAGUCAAACAUGUUCACGGCGUUUUUUUCCCGGCCUCGAUAUCUCCAGUUUAAAGUGUUGUGGCCAGCGAGGGAAUCGUAUGGAGUAUAAAUGGUAAAGUAAUAGCUACAAUUAAAUGCAAAAAAGGUGUGAAAAGCAUUUUAAAAAGCACCUACCACGAUGUAGGGCCCUUUUGUAACCUUUUUGUGACAUCUUUGCAGCUUUUUCUCUUCUGUUUUAACGCUCGAAUUUGUCUUUUUACAUGCGUAUGUUACUUUAAGUGAACUGUGUAUAGUUUAAGUUUCACGAGUUACCACUUUAAAUUGACGAUGCUAUCAUCAAAAGGGAAAGAAGUAACAAAAGUGCCCUACUUUUCCUCUAGAGAGAGGGAGAGAGAGAGAGAGAGAGAGAAGACUGUGCUAACUUUUUUAGGUAAGUCUGAAAAAAAAAGUAAGACAUUUUGCGUGUGCAAAACUAUCAAGUACGCUUUUUAAGUUUUGUAUUAAUGACCAACAAUUCCUUGUAUAUUUUGCUUAUAUAGGAGCAACAUUAGGAACGAUCGUCUCCAUGUUUUGUUCAGGAUAUCUUGCAUUUCAUUAUGGAUGGCGGUCAAUAUUUUAUGUGUUUGGUACGUAUAAACGUAACUUACAGGGGCCUGCAGUCACUUUGAGGCCGCCUGGAAACCAUUUUACUUAUGUUGCUGCUUUGCAUCAAUAUUAUUACAAACAUCCCAUGAAUAAUCCUGGCUCUGCAAACUAACAAUGCGAAGCAUUUUUGGUGCUACCAAAAGUAGUGGGGACAAUGCCAAAACUCAGGUUAAAUAAGAUGUACUCUGGACUCGUGUGUUUUGAACAACCCACGCAGACAGUGGACAACAAGGAAAAAGCCCUGGGAACGAGGUUGAGACAGAGGGCUCAGGGUUUAAGCUCAGGGUCAAUUUAGGGUAAGCUUUACGGGCUCCUGACGGCCCUUUUCUUUUUUCUGGUAUCAGGUACCAGUGGUGUUAUAUGGUCCCUGAUUUGGCUUUCAGUGGUAGGAAAUUCACCUUCCCAGCAAAGGUGGAUUGCUUCAGAAGAAGUAGAAUAUAUUGAACUGAGCUUAGCAGCGGACAUUCAAGAUAAGGUAUGAUUGACUUAGAAAAGAAACAUCGACAGUUUUAAGACCCAGAGUUUUAAAUAUGGUUAUUACAAUACUCCAAGAAACUAAUGAUACUACGAUCUUGGAUAGAACUGAUGAGCUUUUCACAUGCAGAUUACUGCCCCUCCCGAAUCAAUAUAGUUUCCGCGUCUCAUAACGGUUACUUUCGCCACGGUAUCAGAAUCAUUUCUUGCUUGCGUAAAAUUGUUUAAGUUAGUGCAUUACUGAAACCAUUUGCAUCCAAAGCGUGUCAUUUUCUCAAGAAUUUUUAUGCAAGGGUUGAUUGAAAUAACUGCAAAUAAAUUCGGAUUGAUAGGAAACAAGGUACUACGAGAAAGGAUGAAUAUAUUUUAAAGAAAACUUAUUAGUCACCAAUGAUCUUUUGUUGAGUAAGUUACACGUACAGAGAAGCAUUUUAGUGGUUCCUCAAAACCUAUCAUGCAACCUAGUCCCCAAGUCUCUCUCAUUUUCUAAUAUAAAAAGCAUUGGGGACGUAGUUACCUAGUUACACGAUUUUAAGGGAACUGUUUUCUUUUUGACUGUUGUAUGUUUAACCUUUGUUUAUGAACAUCCUCAGCGUACUUCUAUUCCAUGGAAAGCAAUCUUCAGCUCACUUCCUUUGUGGGCCAUAGUGGUGGCUCAUUUCACACAAGGAUGGGGACUAUAUACCAUGUUAUCAGAGCUGCCCAUGUUUUACACGCAACGCUUAAAUUUGGAUCUCAAUGAGGUAUGUUGCUUUGAGUAUCCCUUCAGAAAUUUUGGGAUCUGGGGUUAAUUUGUCUAUUUGUUUGUUUUAACGGGAGCGAGAUUCGGAAAUGGAACCAUGGUCGAGACAAGGGGGAUAGUCCAUCCUGUAAGCGGUGCCACUUUUGGUUACGUCACUUUCGCUGACGUUGCCUCCCACGACGACGACGUUCUUUUGGGUCAUCCCCGUGGCGAAGCUUUUAGAAGGUAUUCGUGGGAGUCUAAUCUGGACCCUCUUUAAGAACCUUUGGUGAAAGGUUAAUUCAGGAUCGGAUUUGCCUAUAAAACCGUUGAAGUGACGUGAUUGAACCGAUUAGUUAUUUAUCUUUAUAACUGUAUUUCUCUCUUCAGACGUCGCUUGCAUCGUCUAUACCUUACGUCGUUACGUUCUUUGUAAUGAUAAGCGGAUCACAGCUGGCGGACUAUUUACGCAAACAUUAUCUCAGUACAGGAGCUGUGAGGAAAAUGUUCAACACAAUAGGUAAUCCUGUCAUGUUUUCCUUAUUUAUCAAUGGUAUAUAUUAAACACUUGAUGACGGGUCCCUCGGGAAACAGUUAAUUUUGUUUCCCUCGAAUCUCAAUGUUUAGCCUCGGGAAACACUGAGAUUCUCUGGAAACAAAAUUAACUGUUUCCUGAGGGACCAGUCUUAAAGUGAUUUGUUAUACAGCUAGAAAUUUUGAAGCUGAAAAAUUCAUUAAACCUCGCUGUAAAAGCGGUCGUGAACAUUCGAGGGUAAUAGUGCACCGUUAUCCUCUGACGUCAUAGAUUUUGCAAUGCUGCCCGCUCAGAGAUUUUGGCGUGAAUCAGUUUGAUUGUUUGAUGUCAUGUGACCUCGAAGUAACCAAUGAGAACGCGUUGUUGGGAAAAAAUUUCCAGCUAUAUAACAAUAAACCAUAGUUAUAAAAUUGCAGAAUACCCUGCCCAAUAACUCUCUAACCUAAAAAACUGCUCGCGCAAUACCGCAUUCGUAGACCGCGGGAGGACUAGUUGUAUACCCCCUUAUACAUUGUGUAUUCACUUUUCAGCAGCUGCGGAAGCGCGGAACUGCAGGAGCAUUCCUACUUAUAUUUACUCAGAUUGAAGUAAUCUUUAUAAUAGAACACGACUGCGGGAUUACAGGGGCAGUUUGUCAAGUAAGAAAUUUAGGGGGCCGGGUAUUCUGCAAUCACUCCCAUCAUUGAAAUCGGAAAUCAACAUCAAAUCGGACAUGAAAAUCAAAUUAACAAUUUGACUUGACAAUCGGAGAUCAAACGUCAAAAUCGGACAUCAGACAUAAAAAUAGAUAUAAAAUCGGGCAUAAAAUCAGACAUCAAAUCGGGCAUCAAAUAGGACAAAAAAAUCAGACAAAAAAUCGGACAAAAAAGCAAACCAAAAUCGGACAAAAAGGUCGGACAAAAAAAUCGGACAAAAAAUCGGACAAAAAAGUCGGACAAAAAGGUCGGACAAAAAAGUCGGACAAAAAAAUCGGACAAAAAAGUCGGACAAAAAAGUCGGACAAAAAAGUCGGACAAAAUUUAGGAAAAAAAGGCGAAGAAAACGUCGGACAAAAAGGUCGGACAAAAAAAUCGGACAAAAAAAGUAGGACGAAAAAAUCGGAACAAAGUCGGGCAAAAAAAUCCGACAGAAAAAUUGGAAAAAAAAUUGGACAAAAAAGCGGACAAGAAAUCGGACAAAAAAUUGAACAAAUAAUCGGACAAGAAAACGAAGAAGAAAUUGGACAAAAAGAUCGGACAAAAAUUCAGACACAAAAUGAGACACAAAAUUGGACAAAAAGGUCGGACAAAAAAUCGGACAAAAAUUUUGACGAGAAAUAUAAGAAAAUAAAAAUCGGACAAAAAAUUGGAAAAAAUUGGACAAAAAAUUGGACAAGAAAUCGGACAAAAAAUCGAAGAAAAAAUCAGACAAGAAAUCGAAGAAGAAAUUGGACAUAUAAUGGGACAAGAAAUCAGGAAAAAACAUCGGACAUAAAAUCGGACAAGAAAUCGGAUUACGAUAUCGGAAAAUAAAUCGGGAAAAAACAUCGGACAUGAAAUCGGAAAAGAAAUCUGACUAGAAUAUCGGUCUCCUGACUUGCACCCAUGAUAACAUAAAAACUGGAACAAAAUUAAUCUUUUAAAGAAGAACAACAAACAAUUAGUAUUUGCUAUAGGGUAACAAGUUGCAUUAUCAACCUUUUUUAAAAUCGUUUCCUGUUUUUCAAACUAUACACUCGUAAAGUUUCUAGAUGUAAUACGGGAAAUAUGUUUGUCAUUUACUUCUUUGUGGAGGUUGAGGUGUUUUAAAAUAAAUAGAAAAAGCAUAACUUACAAAAACUAGCAUUAUUAUUGGCAUAAUUUUAGAAAUAUACGAGCACUGCUAGUAGCAUAUUCAGUGCUACUUUUGCGAGCACGGUCUAUCAAAGCCUUGUCUGACAAUUUUCAUAACCAUUCCGCUCUUUUAACUUUAACUAUGAAUAAAAUUGUAAUGAUACAUUUGACAAGUACACAAAUGGUUGUGCGCAUGCGUAAGGUACUGGCCAUACCGCGGAGUAAACCGAGGAGUUGGUACGUGUGCUUCAGUGCUGAUAAUUGGCACUGUUAUAGCGCAAAAGCGCUUGCUCUCAUUGGUUAAUUCGAAGUCACUUGACAUCUAACAAUGAAACUGUUUCCCGCCAAAAUCUCUAAGCUGGCAACCCUGCAAAAUCUAUAAAUCUAUAACGUCAAAUAAACGGGUAACAGUGCACUGUUAGCCGCCGUUGCAGAGAGGUUUAAUGAGUUUCCAGCUGUAUAACAAAUCACCACCUCGGGAGAAAUUGGGAUUCUCGGGAAACAAAAUUAACUGUUUCCCAAUCAGGUUUCCCAAUCAGGUUUCCCUUAGGGCCAGUCAUUUUGUGUUAAAUCAUACUCUUCUCAUAGUCUGUCCUUAUCUUUUGUUAGGUUUUCUCUCGCCAGCUGUCUGUCUCCUUGUAGCAAGUUCCACAAACAAUUCAAGCGUCGUUGUGGCUUCAAUCACUCUAGGGGUGGGGCUCAACGGAUUGUGCCUGAGUGGAUUCGCUGUUAAUCAUCUCGACAUCGCACCACCCUUUGCCAGUAUACUCCUUGGAAUAACCGAUGUUGGUGCAACAUUGGCAGGAAUUAUAACACCAACCCUGACGGGAUUCAUAGUCAGACAUCACGUAAGUUUUAUUUCUGAAAUUGUUUAUUUUACAGUUACGGGUGCAAAGAGGUUAAAGUUGACCUUGUUUUGGUAACAACCCUAAUUCCUCCUUUAUUAUGUAAAUCAUGUUGUUCUUAUGCUAACUAGUAUUUUUUAGCAUGAUGUUCAUAAGAAUAGGAAAGAGGUUGGUACCAAAUCAAGGUCAAUCUCAGCCUCACUUUCACUCAGAGGCGAGGGUACUAAGCUCAUAACUGUAAAAUGGUGGUCGUCACUUGAUUCCAUCCACCAAACUGACAUCCUCCUCUCACAAGACAUUUCACUUUUCUUAUAUGAAAUUUCUUGAUGAAAUGUUCAUAAAAGUCAAAGUGUCUUCAAUUUUUAAGGAAAAAAACAAUUCAGGAUAGAGUGAGUAGGAUUCGACCUCGGAGCAUCCGAUCUGGAUUUCAUCAGUCUAACCCCUACACCACCGAGGAUUUGGUGUCAAAUGCCAGUUUGAUUUAAAUAUAUAAACCUAACCCUAACUCUAACCUUAACCCUAACCCUAACCCUAAUCUUAACCCUAACCCUAACCCUAACCCUACUUUGUGUACGAAUCAUUAAUGUGUCAACGUCAGUUUGGCGGAUGGAAUUAAGUGUAGACCUAAAAUGGUCCAUUACUAUUCUAUGACACUCAACAACCGCCCCCCACCCCCCUCAGCCUGUUUGUCAAUGCCAAGCACAAACUAAGCAUUUCAUCUCCAGAAAAUCAACAACAACACAUAGGGAAUCCACACUCUUUUUGUAAACUGCAAAUAGGAAAACAUGAAAGGUAAAAACUUACCUGUUCUGUUCUCGAAUCUGCUGCGGAGCAAUGUGAGAUGGAAGAUAUUCUACGACGCAAAAACGAUGUUCGAGCGCGUAUCGGCGCUUUGACCCAGCAUAUUUCACAAUGCUUUAUUUUAUGCGGUGUGUCUCGCGUUUCACGGUUGGUUACUAAUUUAUUAACAAAUUGAAUUAGCGGUAACUGUGAAUAGUGACAAGGGUCGAAACUCCACAGCUGCUCUCGUACAAUCAGUGCCUGGACCGGUUUACUAGGCAAUGCCGCGCGAGGUAACAUUCCGCGAUGACGAUUUCAGUUCAAACAAAUACAACAGGAAAAUAUCUGGGUAUAUAUGCAAUCGAACUUGAAACAAUCUCAGAAAUCAGCAGAAAAGGUCAAGAAACUAUCAGACGUCAAACGCGAGGAUAACUUCCGGUCCAGUCAGUGGUGGUAUUCAUAGAUCCAAAAAUAAGUAGUCAAUUUCUGAUCAUUUUAAAAACGAAUAUUUUUAUUUUAAAUAGGAAAAAAGUGGCCCACCGUACAUUUUAUCGGCUUCAACCAUUGUUGGUGUGAGUUUUGUGAAAAAAUCGCACCUUAUACUUGAGUGGAGCCUGGAGCCCCGUUUGCGAUUGGUUGAAUAUAUCGCGGGGUAAUAGGCCAUUUCCGAGCUGUCUCAAGCCUCAGUUACAGAGCAAGGCUAAGUGCAAACAUCUUGCAAAAAGCCAUUGAAGUAAAAAUUAUUUUUUAUCCUCCUGCAAUAAACAAAGGUUUUCCUCGUUUUGAAAGUGAGAGUUUUGCCAAAAUUUAAAUGUGUUCAAACGAAGGGCAGAAGAGGUGAUUAAAAUGUUAAAUUUAACAGGGGAAACUACCCUUCACGCAAAGUAACGACAAAAAUUUUCUAUGGCAUUAGUUAUAACCCAUCUUUUAAUUUGUUUGGCCGGUUUUUUUUCCUUAAGCAAAUCCUUUGCACACACCUUCCCCGAGGGGGAAGGGGGGGGGGGGGAAUAAGGGCUAUCGCGUGGAAAAAUUUGGUCCAAACUCUGAUUCAAAUAUUAGAAAUAUGAUGUUUUGCGUCAUUUUUUUAUUCCAACAGACGGACUUAGAGUGGAAGAUAGUUUUCAUAAUCAAUGGAGUAAUUUAUCUACUAGGAGCUAUAUUUUACACAGUGUUCAGCUCGGGGGAAAAGCAGUCGUGGUCCUCAGAUAGAAAAUAUAGCAAUCUGAGUCAACAUGAUUCAGACUGUGAAUGAAUUGAUACUGGAAUAAUAUGUAUAAUAUGUAUAAUAUUAAUUUAUUUAUUAUUUAACGGUUUAUUUAUUAAUAUCUUUAUUGAUUUUACUGCUUUUGUGAUUAUUAAUUAAACUGCCAAAAGACAGCGCAGAGAUCAUAAGAGUUGGAUAUAAAAUUGAGGGUCGUGAAGGGGGGUACCAAAUCCCAGUUCCCAAGCCUAAAUUUGGCCCAAAUCCCAGUUCCCAGGCUAAUUUUUGCCAAAAUCCCAGUUACCAAAUUUUCGGUGUGUAUAACGGCGUUAUUUGCAUUGACGUACUUGAUUUCUAGUACCAUUUUGCGAGAAACGUUUUCCGAAGCCAUUUUUAUCUUCCCUUCGCAAUAUCUUCCCGCCAUAUGCAAACUUGCAGAACUUGUCCGCUGACCAGGAAAACUGACAGAACGUAACUAUGCAACUGUGUAAGCCUGGUAGCUAGACCGCGGGCGCGAAGGCGAAAAAUACUGAUUUCACGGUCUCUAUUGAGGAGUGCAAGGUCUAUUGCUACGAAAUUUUAUUUUUCUAUUUCAAAAUAUGGGAGCAAAGACCGCUGAAGAAAAGAAAUCCCAUUCCCAUUUUAUAAUUGUUCAUCCCAUUCCCAGUGGCUAAAUCCCAGUCCCAGUGAGUAAAUCCCAUUUUCCCAGUCCACAAUAAGGCUAAUACCAGUUCCCAUUUUACCCCUUCACGACCCUCAAAAUUGUACACGACGGAAGGAGGCAGGAAAAAAUACUAACAUACGGAGUGGUUUAAGCGUGACUUCAAAGGUAUGCCGGAGGGGGAAUUUGUUGCUGGAAUAAAGCUUAAAAAUCUUAGGAUACAAGCCAAGGAAACGAAAACGCGUUGUAAUUUGUAAACACCUUUUCUUUGCCAGUCAGCCUGAAAGUCCUGCCAGUACGCCGCAGGGCAAGCGAAAAAUUUCCCGCCAAAAGUUAACGCAUGCGUAAUAUCCGUUCGCGUCUUAUGUAAGUUUAGGGACGGACCAUUAGAAAAGUUAUGGGGGUGGAAGGGGGGGAAUUUUCGAGCCGCAGGAAUUUUUGUCGUUAUCAAAUUCCUUGUAUGAAUUUUUUUUAGGACAUAGAAUAAAUAUUUUUUAGGGUUAAUUGGCGUGCAUGAAUUUUUUUCUUUUAAUUUUCCCUUGUGCGAAUAUUUUUUGUACUUUGCCCGCCUCUCCCCCCCCCAUAGGUUUUCUAAUGUUCCGUCCCCUAUACGAAGUUUUUCUCGUCUUUAAUAGCUAAGACGCGUCUUAUGUAAGAACAGGUGUUAAGGGCUGUUCUAAAAUAAGACUCUUCUUCGCUAAGUCGCGCCUUAUUUUAGACGAAAUGUGACGUUUAUACGCAAAGUUCGCGUCUUAUUUUCCUCGUAUAAAUAACAAUUAUUCACCGAAGUGGAGGUGGCUAGUGGUGAAUAUUAGGGACCUUACGAUCCGACAACGGCGACGUCCAUGAAAACGUCGCUGAAAAAUAGACUUUAGAUUCUUUCACUUUUUUCGUGAUUAUUCUAAGGGGCCCAGCUACUUAAAAGAAGGGAUUUGGGGUUGGAGCUGAAGAGAAGUGCCCGCGCCCGAGUUCAGGCAGAAAUGGUAGAAUUUACCGCCUUGCCGUUCCCGUUCCCAAGUAAACUUAAAAUUUGGUCAUUUCAUGUCGUAGUUAUAUAGGAACUGCGAAGAAAUGUACAAAAAAGCGUGAUGCACGUGCAGAGUUGUUGUUUUGCUCAUUAAACCUAUUGCUUUUUUGACGUUCCCGUUUCCGUCGACGUCCGGCGUGGUUUCGUAAGGUCCCUAUUUACCGAGGCCGCGAAGCGGCGAGGUAAAUACCACCACUAGCCACCGACACUGAGGUGAAUAAUUGUUUAAGCAUAUACUAAGACAGUGAGAUGAUUGCGCAAAAAAUUAUGAUUUUUAACUCAUUUACUGUUGCCAACGAUUGCAAGUUUGGCGCGCAAUGACCGGACGGCCGCGGUCGUCACUUUUUCUUCAAUGCCGACAAAUAAAACUUGGCAUUUGUUUAGCUCUUGCGGGGAAAUUUCUUCAAAAGGAGUUGUGAAUUCUUUUUGCAUUUAAAAUCAUUCUAUAAAAAAGAUUAUUAAAUUUAGUUUUAAGCUUAUUUAUGAACAAGUCAACUAAACAAAGUAACGCAAGACUUCGUCUUAAUUUGCAUUUGUAAACAAAAAACCUUUUUCACCGGUUUUAUCGAUAUUUGAAGUCAAAAAGACAAAGCUUUACCUGUUAAAACUUCCAAACCGAACUUCGUCACCUUCUUCGUGUAUUUCGGGAACAGCUCACUUGAUUAGUUAUGAAAUUUCUUCCUUUGUUACGGCAGCAAACCGGGAAGGCAUUUUGAUCGCAACUUACGCGAGUUUGGCGUCGCUCGGAGGAACUGGAGGUGAAUCAGUGAAUAGUGCAGGAUAUUCACUGAUUGAGUAGCCAACCAGAGCGUGCGAAAAACACUAUUAGAUCUAGAAAUACUCAUCAGACAUUAAUGACGUUUCUACAAUCAAAAGUUGAAUUUCACCAUGAUGACUCACGAUAAAUUUUUUGGGUUUACGGUCUCUGUCUCCAUCUUAAACGUAUCUUUCGGUGUCGUAAAGGCUUCGUUACUUUUACCGGAAUUUCGCUCAGGAGACACAUGCGAAAAGGAAAGAAAUUACAACCGACAAAACUUUCUCGCUCGAAAACUAGUUGGUGUUUGCACACCCAUGUAAAUAAUUAAAUGGAAUAACGAGAGUAAAAAACCUGCAAUAAAUAACAUGGUGUAAUGCAUAAAAUAGUCAAAACAAGCGUUGUAAGUGGUCGUUUACAAUGAUUUUUUGCAUGGAAUAUAUCAGCGCUAGUCAAUUUAUUAAUUUCUAAAAUAAUUUUUGCCCGAAAUAAUAAUAACAACCAAAACAACAUGAAAUUACUUAUUUAUGAUCAGUUCAUGAAAAAAAAAUCUCGUCGGCUAAGACUUGAGAAAUGUAAUUUUCGGGGGAAAAGGGCAGGAAACAACUGAAGGAAGUACAGACAAAAAUGAAUGAAAAUUUAUCAAGAAAUUUGCAAGAACACGUUUUUUCUUUCUUUUUUUCUACGCUGUGAUCAGAAACAGUUCAAACAUUUUUUGAGGAUGUCCUUCAAGGUUACGUACUGCUAUCGGUUUUGCGUUACGUUGACGAAGUCGCUUUAAAGAAAUAAAUAGCAAGAAUAAAUCAAGUCAGUCUAUAACAUAUGAUACAGGCUAAAUAUCGAGGCUCGUUUGCGAUUUUAUCCUUCGGCUUGGUAACACAUGAUAUUUGAAAUAUAGGAAAAUAAUUUUUGAACAAAGGAUAAAAGUCAGUGGACCACAACAUAAAGUCGACUUUAUACUUUGUGAUCACGACAAAUGUCGAUGACCGGGUGGUGCUGAUAAAAUGUAUUUAAAAUUUUUACAUUUUCAAACUAUUCAAAAAUAAACGAAGGAGUUAAAAUUCAGUCCAGUCCGGUUGAUAUAUUCUGGCCAUUUUUUUCUUAAUUAUGGAACAUUUGAGUGUUUCGUUUCCGUACUAGAAAUAAGUCAGAUGACCUACCAAAGCGUUGCUUUUUUGGUUUCACGUGAGCAAGCAGUAAAACUUCACGCGCCCUUUUAUAACCUCUCAUUAACCAGAACCAAUGAAUUUUCAGCCAUUUAAUAUCACCUACCGAAUUAUGUACUUUGUUUUGCAUUACUCAUGAUCAACAACCUAUCACACGCGGCCAAUUUGUUUUGUGGCCAGGAGAAAACGCGAUAUUAUAAGCUUCUGGCUUCACCAAAGUUUCUUUCUUUAUCGCCAUUAACUGCCGUUUAAAAUUAAUGCAGAAGUCAGUAAAAUCGCCGUCUUCCGCCACUAUAUUAGACUGAAGGGGCUAGCCUGAAAAUCACCCAACAAGAGCAGCAGUCUUGUUUAACCUCAAGCGUUUACAAUGCCUCUCACAGCACAUGCUUUGAUCUACCGGCUUGGGUGUACUGUAACUUUUUUCGUAUUUUGUCUUUUAAUUCCGGUAUUGCUCAUUGUGGUAGCCAUUUUGAAGUCGGCGAGAUUCGUCGUCAAGCGUUACACAUCGUACUCUCGAAGUUGCGUUCCUUUGUGUGAAGAUGACGCAGUAUGGCAGCAAGAUCGUCCAACAAAUCGCCACAUAAUUCACGCCUUGAUGGUUUUAGAAGGAGCACCCGACAUUGAGAAACUCCGACAAAUAAUUCUUGAUCGUCUGGUCUACAGAAAAGACGAAAAUGGGAAACGGAUUUACCCAAGACUUACCCAGCGAAUUUAUAAACGUUUAGGGUGUUUCUUUUGGAUGGAAGAUGAAAAAUUUAACGUGUUAAAACACGUAUUUACUUGGGAGGGUACUCUUCCAAAGUCCUUGGAAGAGCUAGAUGUUGCAAUUUCUGAAAUUUGCUCGACUUCUUUGCCCGACACUCUUUCCCCAUGGCAAUUCAUAAUUGUUCCGAUUGUAGAAGAAGAUUGUUUCGGACUUGUACUGCGUGUUCAUCACAGUGUUGCAGAUGGAGUCGCUUUGACAAGAGUUUUUGUAAAGAAUCUAUUCGAUGUGCCUCCAUUAACGCCGGAACCGAAGAAGUUCUCUUCAAGGCAGAGAUUUUAUAUGUGGUGUAAGGCUAUAAUUGUGGGUCCUUUUAUACUUUUGUUAAAGUUCUUUUCAAAAGCCGACUUCUCGAACAUUCACGGACAAGAACUGUGCGGCAAGAAAGUCGUAGCUUGGUCUAAGAAUGUUGACCUGUCAAUAGUGAAAAAAGUUAAAAAUACCGCCGGAACAACCGUCAAUGACGUCAUGGUUUCGUGUCUGGCCGGAGCUUUACACGAUUAUCUGAAAUACAAACAAAACUAUGACACUGCGGCGACACUCGAAGAUAUGUGGGCUUCAAUUCCCGUAGAUAUCCGCACCUCAUCGAAGUCCGUCGAACUGGAAAACAAGUUCGCGAUCGUGUUUUUACGGCUACCAGUCGCUGCCAAGAACGCUGUGGACAGGCUCCUAGAAACCAAGCAACGCAUGGAUAUUAUCAAAACAUCCGCUGAGCCGCUAGUGACUGCAGUCACUGUCCGGUUAAUGAUGUUGUUACCAGACUGUUUCUCCAGGCCUCUCAUAGACUUCUUUUCGCGAAAGGUGUCCUGUGUCCUCAGCAAUGUGCCUGGUCCUCAACAGGCCCUGUACCUCGGGGGCCAGAAAAUUGUGCAAAGUCUUUUUUGGGUGCCCCAAAGAGCGAAUAUUGGCGUGGGACUUUCGAUAUUUAGCUAUGGCGGGGGCAUUCGUGUUGGGGUUUUCUCGGAUGAGCGGGUCAUUCGAAACCCCAGGGAUGUGGUAAAAGGAUUUGAGACGAACUUCUUGCAAUUAGUAAAAGAGUUAAAAGUUGAUGAAGAUCAUUGA